CACAGCGCAGUCAGAAAACAAAUCGCACAUCACAUAGGGGAGUGAGUUCUGUUAAAAUUAUCGAGAAGUUGUAAACGGUGCUCUUUUGCAGUUUCGCUUCCAUAAGACUGUAGAGGGAACUGAUACCAGGUUGAUUUUAAGACUGCACAGUUGUAGCUCCUUUCCAAAAACUACGCCCCAACUUUGUACUUUCUGACCUUCAGCGGUUUUUCAGCCCACUCAUGAGCAGGCACCCAGUCAUGUAGAGAGCAGCGCGUGGAGGACACCCAGAUCACUUUCAGCACUUUCUACACAAAGAGACACCCCACCACUCUUCGGCCUGGACUGCACGGUAACAGCAGCCCGCCCCCCGCGUCCCCCAGCCAUGUCGUCACGCAUUGGCUUGCGCAUGCAGCUCAUGCGGGACCAAGCACAGCAGGAGGAGCAGCGGGAGCGGCAGCAGCGGGAGCGGGAGCUGCAGCGGCGGCAGCAGCAGCAGGCAGCAUCCAUGCAUUACAUGCAGCAUCACAUGCCAGGCCCACCAGCACCCUCGCCUGCCAUCAGUGCACCAACACAGUUCCAGUCGCACAUGCAGGUGCCUGUUGAAGUGUUAAAGGUGGACUCCAGUCUUGAGAACCCAACAGACUACCACAUUAUACAUACUAAGCGGCAGCAGCUCAAGGACUACCUGUCUACCACAUGCACCUCCAAGCAGGCUGUACAUGCGGCCACAAGCUUGGUACAGCCCUCUCCUCCCAGCAUGCCCCAUGGUCAGACAGGAUCCGUCCCACCAUCAAUGUCCUCCCAGCUCAUCAACUCUGCUGGGAACAGUGCACCCAACAGUCCCAUGGCCAUGCUCAACAUCGGUUCCAGCCAUGAGAAUGAGAUGGAUGAGGUUUUUGAUGACAUCUUAAGCCUGCAGUCCAGUUAUGAUGACAUCCAGGCUUAUAUUGACCCCAUGGUCCAGAUGCCAAACACACUUCCACUGUCCAGCAGCCAUUUGGAUGUGUACAUGGGGCCAGGUAUGUCUGGAUCAACUAUCGCCAUGACCAGCAACUCCUGCCCUGCCAACCUGGCCAUCAAGAGAGAACUGUCAGAUGCUGAAGCUCGUGCAGUGGCUAAAGAGAGGCAGAAGAAAGACAACCAUAACCAGAUUGAAAGGAGAAGAAGGUUUAACAUCAAUGAUCGAAUUAAGGAGCUGGGCACCAUGAUCCCCAAAACCAAUGACCUGGAUGUGCGCUGGAAUAAAGGCACUAUUCUAAGGGCUUCCGUGGAGUAUAUUAAACGCAUGCAGAAGGACAUCCAGAGAACCAGAGAGGUGGAGAACAACUUCAGGAGAAUGGAGAUGGCCAACAAACAGCUGUGGCUCCGCAUUCAGGAGCUUGAGAGGCAGGCCCAGAUGCAUGGCCUCCCCAGCAACUCUCCAUCUGGUCUGAACAACACUGAGCUUCUAAACCACUUCAUCAAGCAGGAGAACAGCCCUGAUGAGAACCACCUGUCACACCAGCCUCAUCUCCCUCCUCACUACCCCCAGCAUCAGCAGCACCAGGGUCAGCCGCAGCCCCGGCCCCACACUCAGCUCCACCAGCACCAACACCAACACCUUCACCCCCAGCUCCCGCUGCAAUACCCGGCCGUGGGCAGCUCCCAGCACUUUGACUAUGCCCAGUCGCUGGACUUGUGUGAUGGCGGCAUCCCAGGAUAUCAAGAUGGCAUGGGGGGCAUUGGGGAUCUCAGCUCGUUGGGCGGAGGUGUCGCACCCAUGGGAAAGAAGAGCGAUCUGGGCUUCUUGCUGAUGGAAGAGGUCCUAUCGCCGCUAGGGGGAGACCCACUGCUGUCCGCCAUGUCCCCCGAAGCUUCAGUGGACAGCAGCCGCCGUAGCAGCUUUAGCAUUGAGGACUCAGACAUACCGUUACCUGGACAGCCUUAGGUGUCGCUGCACGACGUGCACAUGAUGCGACAUGUACACAUGCACACACACACAGAAGUUGCAUUUAGUCUGGCACACUGUAAACGGGGAAAUAUAUGAUAUUGAUGCCCCCUCUCACACUGAAAUGAGAGUUUAGCUACUUUUUAUCUUUUAAAUCUGACAUGCAAAACAAGAAACAUGGUUUUAGUGAAAUCAUGCAACACUUUAGUUCUACAACUGUCACAGAAUUAAAAAAUAUGCAUAUGUUGGUGAAUGCAAUUUUUAGUAAUUAAACAUAUGCAUAUGUUGGUAAAUGCAAUAUAGACUAACUGAACAAGCAGAGCUGGGAUGCUUGAAUUCUAUCACCGAGAAUUGCCCCAUAUUGAAUGUUUUGUAUAAAUAAAUUAGACACACAGAUUGCCUUAAAGCCAUAGUUCACACAAAAAAGACAUUUUGUCAUUUUUCUCAGCUUCAUACUCUUAUAAACCUAUAUGAAUUUAUUUCUUCUGUUGAAAACAAAAGAAGAUAUUUUGAAGAAUCAUGGUUACCAAACCUUCCAUAGUAUGAAAAAAAAGAAAGAAAAAAACACUGUGGAAGUCAAUGGCUACCAGCAACUGUUUGGUACCCAGCAUCCUUCAAAAUAUCUUCUUUCAUUUAUAACAACAUGAGGACGAGUGUUUGAUUUUGGGUGAACUAUCCCUUUAAAGGUUGUGAACAUCUACAUCCGUACGCUCUCACAUUCUUUAUCUGCAGAAUAAUAUUUUUUUCUGCUUUAACAUGUCAGCCAUUUCCCACAUGUGAGACUGUCCUCUAAAUUUUUGGAGGAUUAUUUUUUUCACUUGAAAUAUAGGCUACCGCCACAUCACACUGCUUGCUGUAUCAGAGCAAUAUGCAAAGGCAGCUUAUCCUUAGAUAGUUUAUCAAAAAAUCAAGAAGGAAAUGGUUCCCAUAGCCAUGGAAAACCUGGAAAUAUCAAGAUAUUGUUUUCUUAAUUUAGAUUAAUAAAUUAAUACAAUCUUAAUUAAAAGACAUGUGACUUUUAGUCAGUUGUGAUUUUUUUUUUUUUCUUAUGUAUCAGCCAAAACGAUUCACAAAACAGUCUGAAUGAUUAAUCUGCAAAUCAGUCUGAAUUGUAAUGAUUUUUUAAAAGUUCUCAUCCAUUAAUCACACUGAGGUCCUGGAAACCUGGUCUCUCUGAAAGUGCCCUGUGAUAUACAUGAAAAAUAUUACAAGAAAAAAAACAUGUUUUUUCAUUGGUCGGUUUAGGCCAUACUCAGGUAUGACUCUUCACCAAAAUGGAGAGACUUGGAAAGAAACGUAUCAAAAGGAAUCUAACAUAUCACCCUAGCAUUAACUUUACCCAUGCUUUUUUAUGUGGCUGCUGUUGUCAUUGUUAAAGAGAAAACUGAUGCCAGGCUCCUGUUGGUAUAACAGGCCAGACCAGGUGCCAGUGUGACAGUAUGUUCAGUGUACAGUGGAGCAGAAUGAAGUAUGAAUUAACCAUAAAUUAGUCCUGUUGCCAUACACACUGCUACUAAGAUGCCUUAAAGCCAAGGCCAGAUUCUUCUAGAAGCACAGGCUCAAAUGCCCAAGCUGGCACUUGGUCAAAUAAAGCUGACAGCUGUGAGCCCCAUUUGCCAAAGUGAAGUUCAUACAGCUCAAGGUGCCUUUCAGGAAGCCUGAAAUCUUUUGAGCUGUACAGUGAAGGUGGUUGAAUAUGUAGAAAAUAUAUGUGUAUUAUUAUAGGCUUUCUGUUUUUUCUCUUCCCAAAGCACUGGAAAAAAAAUAUUAUAAAGAUUUUAUGAAGUGAGAAUAAUUUCAAAUGUUUUAUGCCACGAAGCCACUUAAAUGUACUUUAUCUGCUCUUUUUUUUUUUAUUUAAUUUUUUUCUAAAAACUAUUUUUACUACAUCACUGCCGAGCCAUUGAAAUAUAAAAAUAUUUUUGCCAUUAUAUUAUAAGUGCAGAGCCAUAUUUUUAUUUUAUUUUCUUUUUUUCUCUUUUUGUACAAAAUCGUUAAAACACAUUAGGCUUUAUGAGAUUAAAAGAACAUAUGUAAUGUUGUUUUUGUAUUGAUUUUAUUCCUUUUUUUUUUAAGAAAAAGACAUUUGAGGAAAAGUGAUACUUUUGAGUGAUGAUUCAUUGUUCAUUCAAUUUUAAUUAAAAUGUUGAGAAUGUGAAUUUUAUUGUACAGUUAAAUCAAGGUGGCUUGUAAACUGCCUGUGUUGAACAUGAGCUUUAAUAGAAGCAAUGCGCUGUCCUCAGAAGCGAUAUGAUGCACCUCCAGUGUCUUAUUGCCUAACCACCUCUCCCGGUUUUACUGCUUUGUUGUUUUAAAGGCACGGUUCAUAGGUGUUGAAAUGGCAGAGUUUAAACCUCAUGAAUUAGCUUUGAAAAUAAAGAUGCCGCAUGUGUAUUUUAUGCAUUAUUAUUAUUAUUACAGGUAUAUAACAAACUGCCUGGAUCAUGCCAAGUUAAAACCAGCCAACAACUCUUGAUGAGACUUGGUUACUCUAUGCAAAUCUUUGACUUGGUUAGCUAGAAUAGGCAUAGUGUAGCAAAUUAAGCAAGGGCAUUUUGCAUAGCAUAGCAUGAAGGGGCUUCUAAUUUUGCUUGUGUGACUUUUCUUGUUUUUAGCAAUGCACCAGGAAUGAGAAGGUUUGCCAUUUAAAAAUGAAGAUAAAUAUUUUGAUGUAAAGAGUAUGCUUUGGUUAAAUAUAUUGAUGAUUAAAAAGAAAAAGAGGGGAAAAAAUACAAAACUUUGGCAUUUUAUUUUACAGCAUGCUGAAAGAAAAUACAAGCUGAAUGUGUUUUACCAAAACCCCCUGAAGGCCUUGAGAAUGUUUUAGUACUGUGGAUGUGUCAUGUUUAUGUGCGCUUUCAUUAAUCUCUGGGAGAAAAAAAAAAAAGACACCGCACAUUAAAUGUAUUUUAGUUGAUGGUA